UCAUCGCCUUUGUGUCUCGGAUAUGGCGGGAGCUGACCGAACGGUUGGGUGGCGGCAAGACUGUUCGAGACACUGAGCCGCCGAAGGAGGGCGCGUGGGCGCGUCGUGAUGUGUGGUUUUCUUCGACAUCACCUCGAGCAAGAUCAAAUCUCGAUUGAUCCCUGCGGUGGUCAUGGCGUCGCUGUUCGACCUCCUGAUGCAGUUGUUCGCCGUCUACAUCCAGGCUCGCCCCAACCCCCUGGUUGUCUACUUCCACAUCUGCCUGUUCGCCUCGCUGCUGAUGCUCUUCCUGAUCAUCUACAUUGGCAACAACAUCUUCAUCAACAAAUUCUUUCUCCUUAUCCCACUGCCCUUUGUGGUGCUGCUGUUGGUGGCAAGGUUGCUGGUAGCUGUGGCGGACGCGCCGGACCUCAUGUUUGUCGGCGGCGUCAUGCGGUGGUUCGGCGACGUGGCGAUUGGGUGGUUCGAGAGCUUUGACGCCUUUGUGGGGUGGUUCGAGAGCCUUUUCGUGCCGGGGGGUCAUGAGUUGAGUAUCCGUCUCAGAGCCACAAGCUCCUUCAUGACUUACAGAGGUAAGGAUGUAGAAAGAGCAUUUCGCGGUGGUAGUGCAUCAUUUUGUUGCCUCUGGUUGAUCAUGCUUCCUGGCCGACUUUGGGCAGCUCUGCUUCUUGUUCCUUCUACUGUUCGUUUUGCUCUACGUCGUCUUCCUUCAAGCACCAUCCUGUUGGUUCCGCAAUGCCAUCAACAGUGAGAGCCGCAGCUACACCGAGAAGCGGAUUCAGAAGCCCGUCCUCGAGCCACAGCCAGAACCGUCCUCACCACUGGCCUUCCUGCAGAGGAUGAAAAGACGAAAAGUGCCGCCGGGGGCAGACCAGCAGCAGCCUCAAGGCGAGAGCGUCGAGAAGCGAGAGGCAGAGGACGCUCCCGUGGCUGCCGAAGCUGCUACCGCAUCUUCCCCUGCUGUUGACGGCAAGGGCCAUUCUGCGACAUCUUCCCCACACGGGGCAUCGAUCGGCGUUGCCCGAGUGCGUCAGCAGCCGGCUAGGGAGAGAGACGUGGAGCAGUGGAGCAGGGGAAGACGACGGGUGCUGGCCCCUAAGCUGCCCAUAUUUCUCUCGACCCUCAUUAUGAUCGCCUACACUUUCUGCGGACUGGAGCUGCUCAAGAGAGCACUACGUAGCCCAAAAAACAAGCCACAUAUGGCAUUAUCCACCCGUGUCCUUGUUCUUUGUGUCAGAGAUGAGUUUGAAUGUGGAGCGAUUGUAUGUGGGCUCGAUGGCCAUGGCAGAUCAGGCAGAGGCGUGGGCAUCCGUGCAUGUCAAGCAGACCAAAUGGCGUGCCCUCUUUGAAGCCUUGCCGAGCUACGAUUCCGCGAGUGAUGACAAAGACAACCGCUACUUUGCCGAGAAGCUGGCUUACGCGAGACACGACAUGUUGAACAACAAAGUGCGCCUGAUGGACCUGAGCGCAUCGCUCUCCCUCGCAAGAAUCCUCGGCCCCAAGACGGAGCGCGACCUUCUCAAGCAGGCUGCCACCGACUCACAGCAUCGGACCUCCACCGAUGCUUCACUGGCCUCUUUUCGGUGCCACUCACCCCGGCAUCCCCUAUCGACAGCACCGUGCCGGAACUCACCGGUCCCUUGCCAGGAGAGUCUCGUGAGGUGUUGA